UAUGUAGCCUGGUCUGAUUUUACCAAGAAGCCAGGCCCCCACAUGAAGGCCUCCAGCCUGUCAAUGUGGUCUUCAUGCUUGGACCCCAGGGAUAUGAAAAGCUCCGUGUCAUCUGGCCGAUUCACGGGUUCCUCAGGGGGGCAUGAAUCAUGUGCACUUUUCCAUGGGCCUUGGAAAGAAAGGCCACCCCUGGUGUUGGCACCUCAGCGUCAGCCCAGGAAGAGUAACCCUCGUCUGGAGCAGUUGAAGGACAAGAUCCGAGCCCAGGCACAGUGGCAGGCUAGCUGUGCCUCCCUGGGCACUUCUGUCCCCUCUAGUGCCUCAUGCCUUUAUAAGACCUCUUCGACAAUGCUACGACAGAAGACCCUCAAGGUGGCAAGUUCUCCUCCGGUGACUACUUGCCCAGGGUCAGGCAUUCUUCACGCAGCUGAACAUAGAAGCAAAGACAGGGCAUCUUUCAGACUGGGACAGGAGCUCUCAAGGAUUCCCCAGUGCCAUAAUUCAGAUUCUGAGUUGGCUGGUGUGUACGCCUGGAGAAAAGGACAAGCCCUGGUGAGGCGGUUGCUUGGGCCCCCUCCUGCCCUCUCCUGGCUCCAGAGCAAGGCCCCUGCCACGGACUUAGGCUCUGACAAGAAAGCAGCAAUUGUUGGGGACUCACCUGCCCACACCUGGCUGUCUAAGCCUACUUGUACCCACAGUGACCACCAGGUUUCUGACCAUACGCCCAGCUUAGCUUUCCAUGGUCAGUCAGCAAGUAUCCAAGGUGCCAUGGAGAUCCUACAAAACCUGCGCCACCAAAUCCAGGCUGGUCUGGAGCUUGCCAGGCACUCCAGGGUGGCAAGGAAGUUCUCAUCAUCAAAACCAAGGCAACAGAACCUGGCAGGGAAGAGGCAGCAGGGACCCCAAAGCACCUGGGACAUGCAGGGCUCCUUCUCAAAGAGUGCUUGGACUGCGACAGAAAGAAAGUGCUCUUCCUUGGAUAGGGCUGGAAACUUGCACAGUCAGAAACACUGGAAGAAAGCCAUGGCUGAGCGGGAGUCUUGUCCACAGAGGGCCUGGACAGCACAGGGGAAGGACACCUUCUUCCAGAGGCCUGGAAGCACCCCAGAAAAGUCAAGCCCCUUCUCACAGCGGCCCUGGAGUGCCAUGGGUUGGCAGACCUGUCCCCAGAGGGCUUGGGAAGCUCAGGGACAUGACACCUCCUUCCAGAGGUCUGAGAGCCCCCCUAAAAAGCCAAGCCCCUUCUCACAGCGACCCUGGAGUGCUCUGGCUGGUCAGGCUUGUUCACAGUGGAAUUCCACAGCUUGUAAAGACUGGGAGGUUCCUGGGUCCAGUCCAUGGAGCUCUUCCGUGGCUAAGCCACAUCCUGCUCUCCAUCAGCCCUGGAGUAGUUCUUGUGUGCAGAAGUCCAGUCCCUACAGCAAGGGCAAAAGUGCUGUCCCUCCUCCCUCAAAAGCCAAGCCAGCUUGGCUAGAGCCUGCCCAGGCCUUCUCUCAGAGCAAACUAGCAAAGGAGCAGGACACACAGGGGACUCCACCCUGUCCAAGGCCACGGCAAUCUCUGGGCCGGGCACACAAAUCUGAGUCCUUGCGUGACUUCAUGCGUCAGAAGGCUCAGGCCCGGCGGAAGCAGGCCAUGGAGCAGAAGGCUUUGGCCACACAUGCACUGGAACUGCGGAACCAGAGGCUGCAGGAGGUAUACCGGAAGCAGCGAGAGGCCGUCCUUGGCAAGGCCGUUCCUGUGGUCUCCCAGAGGAGACCUGGCAUCGUCACCUUUGUUCCCAGUUCCAUACAGUCUUGGGGCCUGGAAGCCCCUGAGAGUCUGAGGCCACCAGAGCGGAAGUGGAGCAAGGUGACAUCUGGCACGGUGCUUGGGGACCAAGAGGCUCCAGACAGCUUUUGUCUGUGUUUGAACAAACCAUGGAACCGUGCUGAGACCCGGGACACUGGACGCCCCCGGGACGGCGUGAGUGGUGCCCCUCUGCUACCGUCUACUGCUUCCUCCCCUGACCCCAAAAAGCUCCAGGACAUGUCUGGGCGGCAAUGUGUCUACAUGGACCCCAAGGACACUGAGCAUCUGGGCCCAUCGGGCCUCCUGCACUUCCAGUACAAGCAAGCCCGGCUGCAGGCACUGGAGACCAUGGCCAAGGUCCUCAAGCAGCGUAUUGACAUCCUAACCACCAAGCUGCACAAGUCGACGUCAUCGGACACAGCUGGUGACCUGGCCUCGGACAUGCUGUCCUUGAGCCCCAGCACAGCGCCUGUCACCCCCACUUUCACUCCUCCCUCUUACCCCAGAAGUUUAGUGUCUGAUGAAAGCAGAGAAACUUCCCAGGACUGGGUGGACAUGCAGGCCAAGCCCCUUCCCCCCAGCACCUACUUCCAGGAUGGUGAGAUGCUAUCAUGGAGACCCAACUGGGAGCCACAGAGCUUGAACCUGGGGACCCACAUUGAGAGCCAGCCCCAAGGUGCCAUAGAGGAUAGACACCGAGAGCUGAAGAAGAAGCUGCAGAGAGAGAUGGCUACCCUCCAGGACCUCGGUGCCUGCAUGAGGAGGCUCCAGGGCUACGACAAAACCUCAGUGGUCCAUGUACCUAUUACUCCUGCCACACUGACUAAGCGUGAUAUCGUAUUUGACAUUGAUCAGAUCAAAGGUCAGCAGGAGCCCAAGGGGCCACAUUCUGGAGGCCUGCAUGAAGGGCACCUGACCAAUUUCCAGCUGAAAUCCUUGAGCUUUCUCGAGUCACUGAAGCUGGACCAGCAGAAGCAGGAGCUGGCGCUGGCCCUUCUGCGGCAGCGGGCAGAGCAUGAGGUAUGGGAGACGCAGAUGACACUGGAUGAACUUCUCUUCAAACACCAGCUGAAGCAGGAGAUGGAGAAACGCGCAGCCCAGCAAAAGCCAGAAAAGGCUUCGAGGCUGGGACAGCAGCAGAUGUGUGGUGGCCUAGAGCCAAGCACACUCUCUCCUAACACAAUGACAACCAGGUCCAGAUCAACACCCUCCCCGCAGAGAGACAGCACUGGGUCCUUGAAGCAUCCUGAGAAAGCAAGGGCACUUUCUGCAGGACCCAACCAAGGCCUGCUUUCUCUCUCAGAGCCAGUGCAGCAGGACCCAGCUUGCUCCCAGCUGACUCUAGCUGACUUCUACCCUUCAGACAGACCCUCCUACAAAAUGCUGGAGCAGAGUCUGAGAGACGAAGAGCUACGUGCACAGCACCAGACUGCAGUGCUCCGACUACGUGAGUUAGCACUGGAAGAAAAAGCCGGUGCGGAGCUGGCCUUCCUGGAGCACCAGAUAGGGUGUCUGGGGCUUGUGGGGCGUGAAGCAGCACAGGCUACUCUGAGGGAAAAGCAGCAACAAGCCCUCAGCAGGCUUUCGAAGGAACGGAGGGAAAUCCAGCACCUGAAGAAGGUGUACUUGUCCCUGCACCAUGGCAGGAAGCAGCUCCUGCAGCAUCAACAGUCUGUCCUCAAAGUGCAGAGGUCUGUGGCCCACUUGCGGCAGGAGCUCCAGGCUCGAACCCAGCUGCUGCAGGUCAUCAAGAAAGAUGAUAGUCUAGACUCUCAGCUGAAGCCACAGGAGGCCAAGGAACUGCCUCCUCCAGCGGGCUCUUCAAGUGGCCUCUCGAGUUCAUCUCUCCAGGAGUUUCAGAGAGCCACAGCCACCCUCGUCCAGCUUUCUAGCAGUUCCUCUUCCCUAUCUAACGUGGAAGCUGAAGACACACUGCGUGCAGAUCCCAGUUGGUCUAGGGAGCUUUCUGCUCAUGACUCCUGGGAGGAACCUGGCCUGCCUUCAUUCUGGGGCCUCCACCAGGGACUUCCUCAGCUGGAGGGGGUUCGUGGGGAUGUAGGUCAAGUGACCCUGAAGAGACUGGAAGACAGUGGAGCCAGACUCCUGAGUGGCUUCUCUGAGGAGGCAGCUGUGGCACCAGUCUCAGAGUCUGGAGCCAGACUCCUGAGUGGCUUCUCUGAGGAGGCAGCUGUGGCACCAGGCUCAGAGUCAGGGUACAACUUCCUUCAGGCAGGCUGGCCAUUGUCAUUCUCACACGUUCCAUCUCCAAGACUGGGGUCAGAGUUGUCAGAGUCCUCCAGCCAAAUCUGGGAUGAGAACAAUGAGGAGAACCUUGAAGAACCCAGCCCUUGUGUUGAGCCACCCUCAGGGAGCUCCUUGCCUGCAAAUGGUUCAUUGGACAUGGAAGGCAGUGGAAGGCCUCAUACCACUCUUCCCUCCCUGGGGCCUGGGGAAGAACAAGAUGCUUCCAGAUCCAGCAGGAGUGUGACUGAUACACUGAAUACAGGGAAAGCCAGGCAGAUGUCCCCUGUGACCACCUUCACAAUGUUCCCACAUCAGAUCCCUUCUACCAGUGACUCAACUCUGCUACUGUCCUUUCAUUUGGACACUCCCUCCUCUGAAAGGGCAGGUCUAAGUAAAGGAAACAUACCUACUGCAGCCUCAGCUGGCUACCAGGAGGAACCCCAGGAUGUUGAUACUAGUCCCUCCAUAGAAAGGAAGCCCUUACAGGCCUUGCCUGAUCCUAAGGCCCCUGUGACCCUGAAGGCUCCUUCUGAGGACAGAGCUCCCCUUGUCACAGAGGUAGCCAGGCCCUCAUAUGUAGAUGGCUUCCUGACUGAAAUACUGUCCCCUGUGGAUGAGGAGCUAUCUUAUGGCAGUGGGGACCUUCCAUCCUCUAUCCAUAGGGACACUCACCUCCCUCCACCACCUCCUACUCCCCAAGCAAAGAGUGACACCAACGAGACCAGCCCCAGCUCAGAAGACUUCCCUUCCCCGCCUGAGGAGGCCAUGUUUCCAGGUGACUUACUGGAUACCCUAGAAGAGGAUCUGUCCAUUACUGCUGAGGACAUGUCCUCCCUAUCUGAGGGGGCUCUGGAGGAAGCCCUUUCCCUGGGGCCCCAGGACUCACAGCACUGCCUGGGAGCAUCUGGGCAAGAUGGAAACCUGGAUGACUCAAGUUCAAUAUCUCCCUUGAGUAACUGGGUAGUCAGUGCCCCUGAGACAUCCCCAAGACUGUCAACUCAACCCCUGAGUCCAUCCUCAGUGGCUUAUGUGGCCAGAGAAAACCCUAAGGAGGCCCCAGGCAGUCAAAGUGCAGAGCAAGGAAUAGAACAGCUCUUAGACAGAAGGGCAGCCAUGUCGUCACCCUCCCGGUCUGCACCCUCUGAAAGCCCACCCCCAGACCCCGUGCCGUCGGUGGCUGAAUCCCUCAAGCACACUAGUAAGAAGGAAGGCCAGAGCUGCUGGACAGAGGACCAGCACAAGCUUCAGGGUUUGUUGGACAGACAGCUGCUCUGUAGGAGAAACUGGACUUUUGACCCUGCCUCUGGUGCCUGUGCUGAUUUUUCAGGGACAGGAGAUGCUGGGCCAGUGGAUCUGGUGUCUACCCAGCUUAGCAGGAGGAUCUUGUGUGACUCUCUGGCUGCACUUUCAGGGUUGGCCCCUGAAGACAGACCCUAG